UCUCUGAUUCAUAAAUGUAAUGGAAGUCCACUCGACGGCAAUUUAAAUUGAAUUUUGAAUUUGCUGUUGCAUUCGAUUGUAAAUACGCGCUGAUAAGGCCGCCAAAUGAAAGUGCAAAUAGCAGUGAUAUCGCGACGCGCAUCUCACCGCAGUGACUAACCACCUCUCGACCGUUUCGUUCGCCCGCGACGCCCUUUGAGUUCAACGCAUUCACAUUUCCCAGUGUGCAGAUUUUCUUUUUGUUUUGCCAGCAGUCACCGCACUGCACUGCAUUCAAAACAGGUUCAACACACAAUUCCCGACACCCAACGGCACAGGAUACGCAAUAAGGACCAAACAUGGACACCAGUGGCGGAAAUUUGGAUUCCCUUGAUGACACAGAACCAUUGCCAGAGCUGAGUUUUGAAGACUUUUUGGAACCAACGUCGGAGAAGAGUUCCCAACACAUGGAAAUCGAUGCCCUGGACUCGGAGGAAGACGAUGGCGGUGGUGAUGAACUCGCUGAUUCGGCCAACGAUUCCCUAAACACGCCCCAGUUCAAGAAGAACGCGGUCCACAUACUGGAGGACAAGAGGUUAAACCCGUCCGGAGUAACCGUUUUAAAGUCGCACGCCAUUAAGGUGGUGACUGCCGGAGGCACUCCUCCGGCCAAUGCACAAGUUACGGACGUAAAGAUACUGAACAAAUUUAAACCAAUACCUAGUAGUACCCUAAAGAUCGGCAGCACAACUAUAGCCACCAAAUCCGCACCGGGCAGCAUAACAAAGACCCUGAGCAACUUGACCCAGAUUAAGACGAAAGAUGGCCAAGUCAUCUUCGUCCAGAAGUCUGUUCCUGGAACGCAAAGCAGCACUGCGGUGGCGGGGUCACCAAGCGGAGGAAUACGUCGCCUCGUGGCGCCUUCUGGUAUCCAGAAGGCAGUGCUUUCUAAGGGCGUGACCUUGGCGAGCACGGGUCUGGUCAAGGCGGCGGUUCCUGCCAAAGCAAGCACUCCGGGUCCCGCCGCAGCCAUCACCAUCAAGGGCAUCCAACCGCUGGCCGGAAGCAGUGCGAAGGCGCCAAUAUCCAGCACGCCGGCAACCACAUCCGCAUCUCUGGCACAGCCCGCCAAAAUUCAGGUAGUCCGCACUGCCGAUGGCAAAAUCAUCAAGAUCAAUCAGGCUGGUUCCUCGCUACUGCUGAAUGCCAAACAGGGAACUGGAACUACAGUCACACCAGGAGGCUCCGCCGCCACUUCUGUCAAACUUCCUCCCUCCACGGGAAAUAUGGUGCUCAACAAGCCCGUUGGCCAAGUAGUGGUGAGAACAGAAACUCCUGUAAAGCAAGCGUCGAGCUCGGUUGCCAGUGCAUCCACAACACCGGGCAAGAUGUUGGUUCAAAGUGGCGGCAAACAGAUCCUUGUAUCCAGCAAGAACAUAAUUAAGCUCUCACCAAAUGCGGGGGCUACCAGUUCGAGCAGCCACACGACGGGCGGACAGACACCUUCUACCUCUAGUGGAUUGCACGCUAUUCAGCUUCCUGGCAAGGGAGGUGUACAAUAUGUACGUGUCCUGACCAACAAUAAGAGUGCAGCCACAACAAGUGCAACGGCGUCUACGCCGAAAACAAUGCAAACGCAGAAGAUCACUGUGGUGCGGUCUCCGGCUGCUAAAAGCGUCCCUGCCAUAGCUACUACAACAUCUGCAGCAGCUGCUCCAGCUGUAGUCGCAUCGAAGGCAAAUCUUGCCAUGGGCAGCACCAACAAGAUUGUAAUGCGAACAAUGGGCGGAAGCAUUGUGCCGCUGCCUUCCAUGCAGACGUUGGUCCCAAAGCGUGCGCUGGGCGCCAGCACCAACGCCUCAAAACCAGUGAGUGCGGCGAGCAGCAGCGCCACUCCGAGUGGAAGCCAGGAGUCGCCACGUAAACACCGGCUCACCGAUCUCAACAUGCAGCUAAAGCAAUUGGCCUCGGCCAGCAGUGAUGCCAGUGACAGCAGCGAUGCGGGUCCUGAGGCCAAAAAGCCGCGUUAUGUCAUUACCAUGCAGCAAGGUUCACAAAAGGCUUCCCAGCCAGUUCAGAAAGUAAUUAAUCGGCCAGCGAACGUGCAGCGUGUAGUGUCUAGCAGCACAAGUCCCAACACCCCAAAGAAAAUCUACAACUUCGUUCAAUCGACGGGAACCAAUGGGGUCAAGUACAUGAUCUGUAACUCGGGUGUGCCCCAAUCAUCGACGAGUGCCAUGCGACGGGGAUACACUGGAUAUGUGGACAACAAGUUGCGACGCACGCUAUCCAUUUCCUCGCAACAGCAUCGCUUCAAGCAGAUGAGUACCCCGCAGCAGUCAAAACACCAGCAACUUCAAGCGCAGGCCAAACAAAAGAUUAGGCAGCAGCAGCUGCCUACCGAGCAAUCGACGCCGACCAAAGUCGAGCCAAAGCUGCCGACACAGCCGCAGGGACCGAAGGCCAACGCUUCCGCCAAGCCGCUCUUCGAUAUCCUAAAACCCCCAGCAACCGGAGCAGCAGCGGCCGUCGACGCGUUGGGCGGAAUGACAUCGCGGCGGAAGCACUGCAACUGCAGCAAGUCGCAGUGUCUAAAGCUUUACUGCGAUUGCUUUGCAAACGGCGAGUUUUGCCAGGAUUGUACCUGCAAAGAUUGCUUCAACAAUCUGGACUACGAGGUGGAGCGGGAGCGUGCUAUUCGCAGUUGCCUUGAUCGCAACCCUAGCGCCUUUAAACCCAAAAUUACAGCACCCAAUUCAGGUGACAUGCGCCUGCACAACAAAGGCUGCAACUGCAAAAGAUCAGGCUGUCUCAAGAACUAUUGUGAGUGCUAUGAGGCAAAGAUUCCCUGCACCAGCAUAUGUAAAUGCGUUGGUUGUCGAAAUAUGGAAGACCGCCCGGACGUGGACAUGGACUCUUUGGACGGGUUGAUGGGAGCAAAGGGUCUACAAAAGGACAAAGCUAGCAACAAGCAAUCGAACGAGAAUCGCGCAAAUAUGUAUUUUACGGACGAUGUCAUCGAGGCGACCAUCAUGUGCAUGAUAUCGCGGAUCGUGAUGCACGAGAAACAGAAUAUGCCCGUCGAGGACACGGAGCGCGAAGUGAUGGAGGAACUGGGCGAAAGCCUGAACCAGAUCAUCACUUUUGCCAAGGAGAAGCACGACACCUCUCAGCUAGAUGAGUCCAAGGCAACUUCUUAGGGCUGCAAAUUUAGUCACACAUGAAUUAGUUUAUAAGUUCAAAGAGUUCUUGACCUAUACUCAACCAUAUUCUAAUUUUGGCUUUCUAAAAGUUGACCUUAAAGUAACGUGUACCCUAUUAAAAUAGUUUAAAACACAAAAUGUAUAUACCAUACAUAGCAAAUUUCAGAUAUAAGACUCUUUUAUUUUGAAGCGCCUUUUGGCCGAGCAUUGUAAUUCUGUUGUAAACUUUUCC